AUGGAAACCGACAGCGCAGCGCCGCCCGCCGCCCGUGAUGGCGCAGACCCAUCCCUGCCUGAAGGCAUGCGGCCAGACGACGUCACCGAGGAUACCGCAAACAACGAUGAAUCUGGUCUGUUCGACGGGACGACGGGCACAUCGAACAAUGGGCCUGGCGCGGUGUCGCCAUGGCUUCCUUUCGUUGACGAAGCGUCUGGCGCGACGUACUACUACAACCAAGAGACGCAGGAGCUGAGUUGGACGGACCCUGCGUCGCCGUUUAGCCAUGGCUGCGACGACACCAAUAACGAUGAUAGACCUUUCCCCGAGGCUUCGUCUCGGCCGGGGUCGGCCUCACUGGGCGCCACCCAGAUAACUCGCGAGAAGUUGGUGGGCCAAGGAGCACAACCCACUGAAGCCAGCGACAGCGUCAAUGACUGGCCAUUUAGCGCGAUCGACCACGAAUUCACGUCGAGUGCAAGCGCUCGAGGGGAUGGCGGCGGCGCGCUGGACGGACCUGUGGAGACCGAGGAAGCAAGCCAAGUCGAGCUGCGUCCAACGUCGUCUCAUGCGAACGUAUUGCUUGAGCGAAAGGAAUCUCGCGGUGUAAGCUCGAUGCUGGAAACCGACGACGACGAUGGCGGCGACAUUCUAGCUCUGCACGACCAAAUGAUCGAGCACGAAAAGGCAAAGGCAGCAGCGCAGGACAGCGAAGUCGCUGGUGGCCACGACGUUGACAGCAGUCCUACGAGUUCCUCGGAAGGCAUUGACGCAGCCAUUUCCGUGCCCGAAGCGCCACAACAGCACAGCUCAGUGCCUGCAGAGCUGAAUGCGAGCCCGCUGACGAGUGCGACCGCCCUGCCUACCACGGAAUCGGUGCAAAUUGAACCGACUGGCGACUCUCCCUCUAUGCCUCGUCCCAAUGAAAAUGGCGCACAACCACUACCAGUGGAGCGACCAGAGAUGUCGGAUGCCAUGGAGACGAAAUCCUCGUCACCCACGGACGCUCCACCUGCAAAUCAAACCUCCCACGACGAAGAUGAUGCGGUGGUACCGACGGCUGCAGUCCCUUGGGGUCUGCCCAACGACGGAUGCAAAACCCCCAUAACACUGGAAAGCGCUGGAGCUGACGGAAUCCCCUGCACAGACACACCUGAAGGCGCCGUCGAACUCAACGGCGCCCAUGCUAACUCGACCGAAGUCCAUGCCAGCGAGAUCCCUGCGAUCGCCACAGGUGAUUCGCAAGUGAAACAGGAUGAUUCCACGACGGCUGCCGUGCCAUCGGCCCCAAUUGACGUGCAAAUCUCUCCUCAACUCAAAGACGAGGAGGAAACGACAACGAAUGAACUUGGCGCAGCGACGCUCCCCCUUGGGACGGAGCAACGCAUUGCAUCGAGUCAGAGUCCACCUGAAUCUGAAGAUGCAAUCAUUUCCCCUGAACGGGUGGCCACGGCGACGGACCCACCGCAUUCAGCUCGUUCCUCUCCAACCCCACCAAAAAGUCGUCCUGCCACCGCCGAGAGCAGUGGUGCCACAGCUGCGAAAGACCAGCCAGCCCCAGACCCAGCGCCUUCAUCGUGGGUGGAAGCGUACGAUGCUGACCGAGGCUUGACAUACUACUACGACCCAGCGACGAAAGCUGUGUCCUGGGAUCAUCCUGGUGGAUUGGAGAAGGCGCUCGUCCCUGGCCCUUUCGGCAACUUUACCGAACUACCCGGUGCGACAACGUUGACGGCAGAUGCACCUCCACCAGCGCGUCCUUCGUUGAGUCCUCGACUCGAGCUUGGCGCGACUCCGCAACUCAGCACGCAUGCACCAAAGGACGACAUACUCAUCCACCCCGCACUCACGCACGCAGCGCCGACCACUUCCUGCACGGACCCAUUCCAGCCAUCCGAUUUGAUACACAUGACGAAGCUUCAACCGUCCUUGACCAAGCCGUCCCCGCGUCCACAGUCUGCGGCACCAACUCCAGACCUAGAACUUCAUGUGGCUCAAGAGGCGGCCUCUAUUGCAAGCCGACCAACAAGCCCGUCCCCGCCACUUCCACUGAAACCAUCCACUCCAACUUUAUUACAGCAGCAGCGAUCCCGCCGUCGCAUGGCGGAAGCCGCGCGCACUCAGGCGUGGGCCCGAGACGUGGCAUCGUGGCAGCGCCUCUACAACGAAGCAUCCAACCAGUACCAUGCGCUAGUCGAACAAAUGCAAGAGUCGGUCGCGACGCGGGAGGCGGCUGUCGCGCGAGAGGCGGGGGAUCGAGACAUGCGGAAGCGGCAAGUUGCCGCGUUGCUCAGCCACAGUGCGAUCGAGCACUUGUCUCCGUGGGAAAUCCUGUCUCGGAAUCUGGUCGGUGUCGAUCUCAAGCGGGUGCUACAGGAAAUCAUCGACGAACCGGCCAAACAUCCUGACGUGCUCCCGUCCUCGGCGUGUUUAUCCAAGCCCGCAGCGACACCCGCCGUGGUCCAGCAGGAACUCAUGCGCGUUCGAAACGAGGUCGGCGACUCGCUGCUCCAUCUCGCUGUGUGGAAGGGGUCUCUCGUCAAGGUCAAGCACUUGCUCUCGCUUGGCGCGGACGUCAACCUUGUCGACAACAGCAUUACGCAAUGGACACCCCUCCACGAAGCAGCGCGGUCUGGAAAUGUCUCGAUAACCAAGCUCCUUCUCAGCGCCGGCGCCGCCAUCGCAGCCACGGACGCGUCAGGUGACACAGCGCUACACUGGGCAUGCCGUGCCAACCACUCGACCAUCGUCAAAGUCCUCCUCCACGCGGACCCGGCGUUCGCCACACUCAGCACCAUCAACCACAAGCGGAAGACGCCGCUCGACCUGGCCAAGAAGCCCACGUUGCGCCGAUUUCUCCAAGACAUUCUCGCCAUGCAUCGCGCCAAACCAAUUUCACUGUCCACUGCGCGAAGCACUGGAAGCACGUCCAUGCUGCUCAAGUCGGGCCGGUCCGACAAGUCGGCGCGGCACAUCUACCCAUCGGCUGGACAUCACGUAUAAGCAUGAUCAAGCACUGCGUUGCACACCCACAUCGCCAGGCUGAGAGUUCCAGCAGCUAGCUUGGCAACUCGUGCGGCCAGCGAGUGCGCGGGCAGCCCAGGGCCGGUCGCCACCGUCCUGUCCAAGGAGCUAGGUCGACAACACCAUUCUACAUGGGACGUUCUCUUUGGAUGUGUCUACGGUCUUACAAAAUGGCGCACGACUUGAAGAAGCUCGACGACGACGCCUUGACUGGGCCCCGUCGAUGCCGCGCCUCGACGACGAACUGCUCAAAAACUGCGUUCACGUUGGUGCCCGUGAGCGCGCUGGUUUCAAUAUAUACGGCGUUGUACGACUUCGCCACUCGCCGCCCUUCCUCGCUCGUGACUUGGCACUUGGACGGGUCCUGUUCGACCAGGUCUUUUUUGUUGGCCACGACAACGAUCGGGGGCAACGACUUCUUUGUCUCGUUGAUCUGUAGGUGUAGCUCAAAGAACGCAUGCAGUUCGUGCAGACUCGUGCGCGAGUCCAUCGCGUACACGAAGAUGUAUCCGUCCUUGCCCAUCAUCCACUGCGGUCGCAGCGAUUCAAAGUCGUCUUGGCCCGCCGUGUCGAGGAUCUCGAGCAUGCAUAGUCGAUUCGACACCUCCAUCGUUUUUCUGUACGCGUCUUCGAUCGUGGGGUCCCAGUCCUGUACAAAGUAGUCCUUCACAAAGCGCAGGGUCAGCGCCGACUUGCCCACGCCGCCGCUCCCCAAAACCGACACGUGAAACGUUUCUUGGCCAGACGAUCCUGCUGCCGACGACGACGAUGCGGGGAGAGAUCGGUAGAACGCUUCACCGCACGACACGUACACAUGAUCGUUGUUCUGCAAUUCGUCGACACUCUGGACUUCUGCACCGGACGCGAGAAAAAGCCGCUUUGCACGAAUGUUGAGCUUCUUGCUUGCUGCGGCUUUCAGCUUGGCGAGACUAUCCGACUUCUUCAUCGGCAGUACUCGUCCCUGUGAGCCAGCUUCAUUCUUAUACAAAAACAGUCGCACUUCCAUCCUGAUAUGCGCUCAGGACCUUCUUCGCCGAGCUGUCGGUGCCGCUGCCUGUGCCGCCGAUUGCUGAUUGCCGAAGUUCAGAGGGAAUGGGUCGACAGGUG